AUGUUAGCACAAGAGGAUGAAUAUGGCACAGAAAGGGCCAUUUAUUAUUUAAGUCGAGUACUUAAUGAGGUUGAAACAAGAUAUCAUCCUAGUGAAAAACUUUGUUUGUGUUUGUUCUUCUCAUGUACAAAACUUAAGCAUUAUAUAAAGCCUUUUGACGUUUAUGUUUAUUCCCAUUUUGAUAUCAUUAAGCAUAUGUUGUCGAAACCAAUUCUACAUAACAGAGUCGGGAAAUGGGCCUUGGCACUGACAGAAUAUUCAUUGACUUAUCAAUCAUUAAAAGCUGUCAAAGGCCAAAUUGUGGCCGAUUUUAUUGUUGAUCAUUCAGUAAGCGAGGUUUUGAUAACCGAAAUAGACAACCAUCCAUGGAAUUUAUAUUUCGAUGGUUCUAGUCAUAAAAAUGGUACUGGCGUGGGGAUAGUGAUAAUCUCGCGCAAACACCAUACAUUUAGAUACAUGUUUCGAAUAAAUCAGUUUUGCUCUAACAAUGAGGCUGAAUAUGAAGCCUUAAUUACAGGUCUAGAAAUUGCACUCGAACUGGGGGCAAGAUACAUCGAAAUCAUAGGAGAUUCUGAACUUGUCCUUAAACAGAUGACAAAAGAGUAUAGGUGCGUUAAAGAAAGCUUGGUCACCUACCAUGCAAUAGCUAGCAGGUUGUUAAAACAAUUCACCCAUGUGGAAAUUCGGCACGUACCUCGAAUGGAGAACCAAGAUGCAAAUGAUCUGGCACAGAGGGCCUCUGGAUACAAAAUACCGAAGGAACAGAUGCAGGAGCCGAUAGAAAUCAGAAAUAGGCGAAAUUUGAUAGAAUCAUUCUCUGGCAAAUCGUUAACGCCAAAACUUGGGGGGACCAAAGCAGGCCAAGAGCCCAUAAAAGGUACAGAUUUUGUCGAAAUUUUUGUCAUUAACGAUUUAAAUGAAAAUGAUUGGCGAAAACCCAUAGUGAAAUAUCUGGAAAAUCCAGAUGGAGCCACCUGUCGAAAAGUGAAAUACAGGGCCUUGAGUUAUGUAAUAAUGGGCAAUGAAUUAUUCAAAAAGACUUCGGAAGGAGUUUUGUUGAAAUGCCUAGGUGAAACAGGUGCGUAUUUGGCUGUUUCUAAUACCCACGAUGGAACCUGCGGAACACACCAAGCAGGCCAUAAAAUGAAAUGGAUUUUAUUUCGACAAGGUUUAUAUUGGCCGACUAUGCUCAAAGACUGCAUAGAGUUCGCAAAAGGAUGCCAAGGAUGCCAAAAAUACGCUGGAAUUCAGCGUGUCCCAGCAAGUGAGCUUCAUGCGAUAAUCAAACCUUGGCCAUUUAGAGGAUGGGCUUUGGAUGUGAUAGGGGAAAUCAAACCCACUUCAUCGAAAGGAUAUAGAUAUAUCUUAGUAGGAAUAGAUUAUUUUACAAAAUGGAUAGAAGCAAUUCCCUUAAAAGAUGUUACUCAAGAGGAAGUUAUAAGUUUCAUCCAAAAGUUCAUCAUCUAUAGGUUCGCUAUUCCAGAAACCAUAACCACAGACCAAGGAUCUGUAUUCACUGGUCGAAAGAUGGCGAAAUUUGCCGAAGAUACAGGCUUUAAAUUGCUAACUUCGACACCAUACUAUGCGCAGGCGAAUGGUCAGGUUGAAGCGGCAAACAAAAACAUCAUUGCCAUUAUCAAACGAAAAAUAAAGGCAAAGCCAAAGAAUUGGCCUGAAAUUUUAGGCGAGGCUUUGUGGGCAUGUCGAACAUCUCCCAAAGAAUCGACAAACACUACACCUUUUAGGUUGACAUUUGGUUAUGAUGCUGUGUUACCAGUAGAGAUUUUGCUGCAAUCAGUCAGAAUCCAAAGGCAGUGCGAAAUACCAGCUAAUCAUUAUUGGGACAUGGUCAUAGACGAGUUGACCGAUCUCGAUGAAGAAAGAUUAACAGCGUUAGAAGUCCUUGCAAGACAAAAGGAAAGGGUAGCAAAAGCAUAUAAUAAAAAGGUAAAAUCGAAGUUUUUCGCCCAAGGAGAUUUGGUAUGGAAAGUCAUUUUACCAAUGGAUAAGAAAGAUAAAGCUUUGGGAAAAUGGUCACCCGGAUGGGAAGGACCAUGGCAGAUAUUAAGAGUCUUUUCGAACAAUGCAUAUGAGAUCGAAGAAUUAAAUGAAGAUCGAAGGAUUUUACGAAUAAAUGGAAAGUACUUGAAAAAGUAUAAACCGACGUUACAAGAAAUUAAGAUCAUACAAGAGUAA